AUGGCAUCAUUAUAUCAAAUUAUUUGUUUUACUAAUUCCUUCUUCAACUAUCCGAUUGUUGUUGUUCUAAGACUUGUUGACGAAAAUAGUGAUCUCUAUCCCGCCACUACCGUUUGCAAUUUGAACCCAAUGAAAAAGAUAUAUAAUAUUUGUUUUAAAGAAACUCCAUACUAUUGCAAUUAUUCCAUCCAUACUGAUCUUGAGGAAGGUUUGGUAACUGAUGGUCUUUUUCAGUUUUUAAUGCCUGUUAGCCAAACCUUCUAUUCAUCUGUCUUAAAUAAGACAUUCGACAAAUCAAAAAUGAGCAUGAUUGAAUUUCUCACUAGCUAUACAAAAUUAAACGCAGAAGCACGUAAAGCAUACGGAACUCGAGGAAAGAGUUUCAUUAAAUAUUGUUCCUUUAAAGGAAGCUUUUGCUCAGCAAACGAUUUUGAAUUUAAUCAAAAUACAAUAUUUGGAAAUUGCUACACGUUUAAACCUUCAACUUAUUCUAAACGUUUACUAACAAAACAGUCACUUCUUUUAAAUAACAACAAUUUAGAAAUAAUUUUAAACUUAGAGACCGAUUCUUAUAUUGAAUACCUUUCGAUGAGAAUAGGAGCUUUAGUUACUAUACAUGGUGCAUUCGAAGAACCUAGCAUAGAAGAAAAAGGAAUUCUUGUAAGUCCUGGCUUUGAAACACACAUAAAAAUUAAAACAACCGAAACCAAACGUUUACCAGCUCCAUAUAAAGAUAAAUGCAUGGAUUAUCGGUUACAGUUAUUAAAUCCAAGGGACUGUAUAUUAGGUUGUCUACAGGAAAUCAAUCAGGAAAAAUGUGACUGCGUUGAUCCCAUGGUUCCUGUUCAUAAAACAGAUUCUUUAAUGUGUAAUAUGACUGACAUGAAGGACAUUUCGUGCUUGUUUGAUGUUAUCAACAAUCUUCUCGUCUAUCAUUCAAAAUGCAAUUGCGAUUUGCCAUGCUUUUCUACAAAUUACAAUGAACAAAUUGAUAAUGACAGGUUGUUGCACGCACAUUUGGAUGUUCUAAUAAGUCAAAAUUAUGCUUUAAAUUAUAUCACUUACCUGUUGGAGAUAGCAAUAAAGAACAACGGAAAAUAUGGCUGUUUAGAAUUGGCAGAGAUAAAUGGACUUAAAUUAUUCUUUAUUUUGUUGGCUUAG